AUGGCUAUCAGUAACCGACUUAAGCAUAAUCACAAUGAGGAGCAGAAACAGGCUCAAGAUGAUGCACCGCAGUUCGAAAGAGUGCAGUGGACGAAAGAGCCAGGCUUGAGGAAGCUCUAUUUCUAUUGUAUCAUACUUUGCGUUGCUUCUGCAACCACUGGUUACGAUGGUUCCUAUUUCAACGCUGUGCAGAACUUCAACUCUUGGUUGGAGGCUUUCGAUCACCCAAAUGGAUCUACACUCGGGUUGCUUGGAGCCCUAUAUCAGAUUGGUAGCUUGGCAUCAAUCCCUCUCGUUCCGGUACUAGCAGAUAAUUUUGGCCGCAAAAUUCCCAUUGCAAUUGGAUGUUUGAUCAUGAUCGCAGGUGGUUUUGUACAAGGUUUUGCUACAAGCAUGGGAGCUUUCAUGGGUGGUCGAGUUAUGCUCGGAUUUGGAAAUAGCCUGGCACAAAUCUGUUCGCCCAUGCUCUUAACCGAGCUAGCCCACCCGCAGCAUCGUGGAAGACUAACUGCUGUGUACAAUUGUCUCUGGAAUGUGGGCGCUUUCAUUUGCGCUUGGCUAUCCUUUGGUACUAAUUACCUCGACAAUCAAUGGUCAUGGCGGAUCCCCGCCAUUCUUCAGGCUCUGCCAUCUUUUAUCCAAAUCGCAUUUAUCUACUGGAUUCCAGAGUCUCCUCGUUAUCUCAUCGCAAAGGACAGACCAGAAGAAGCCUUGACUAUCCUUGGCAGGUACCAUGCCAACGGAAAUAUCCACGACCCGACCGUCCAAUUCGAAUACCGAGAAAUUAGGGAGACUAUCAAAAUCGAAAUGGAAGCCAAAGCAAACAGCAGUUACCUCGACUUCUUCCGCACGAAAGGAAACCGAUAUCGGUUCAUUAUCCUGAUUUCCUUGGGCAUCUUUUCUCAAUGGUCCGGCAAUGCAAUAAUUUCGAACUAUGCCAGUAGCUUAUACGAUGCAGCUGGUGUUCACGACUCCAAUUCAAGACUCGGCCUUCAAGGAGGUCAGACAAUUCUCGCUCUUAUAGUAUCUGUCUCUACUGCUAUGACCGUUGACCAUUUUGGACGACGAGCGCUCUUCCUCACGGCCACGGGAGGCAUGUUCGUCGUGUUCAUCUUCUGGACACUGUGCAGCGGUCUUUACAGCGAAUAUGCCUUACCUGGCUCGAACUACGCCAUGCUGGUCUUCGUCUGGCUGUUUCAAUUUGCCUACGCCAUUGCUUGGUCGGGCCUGCUCGUCGCCUAUGCCAUUGAGAUCCUCCCUUAUAAGCUACGUGCCAAAGGACUGAUGAUCCUCAACAUCAGCAUCCAGGCUGCUUUAACUCUAAACUCGUACGCUAACCCUGUUGCAUUUGCCGCGUUCGGAGAGAAAGGGUACUGGAAGCUGUAUCUCAUUUAUACAUGUUGGAUCUUUUUAGAGUUGUGUUUCGUAUACUUUAUGUAUGUGGAGACUAGAGGCCCAACUCUCGAAGAACUCGCGAAAGUCAUCGAUGGCAAUGAUGCCCAGGUGGCUCAUCUUAACCUCGAACAAAUUGAGAAGGAGGCUGAGAUUGUGGCUACACAUGAACAUGCAAAUGAGCGAAAUGUUUAG